GCCCGCCCCGGUAACUGGGACUUGUUUUACCCACAAAACCAAACCCACCUGCGCAUCACCACCCUGCUGGGCGUAUUGAUCUUUCCAUCUGCUGUGUUCUUAAAAGUCUUGCGCUUUCUGACUGCAUUAUUCCACCCCCCCUCCAUCCGCCGACUUCCUCCUCCAGAUGACAUUGAGGACACUUACCAUUGUCCGAAGGCCCUGCCUGACCAUGCCACCGCGUCCGACGCCUGCUAUGCCAUCGUAAACGAACCCCGGACGUUCUCCGAGGCCGUAGACUACUGCCAUGGCCUGCAUCCGCAAGCCCAUGUUGCCUCCUUCCAUUACUCGGGCACGGAAAAGGAUCUCCUCGGACUGAACCUGCUUAGCGUCAAUCACAGCUACUGGUUUGGCCUCUACAAGGUCAGCAAUAUCUACCUCUGGAUCGACUCCGGUUCGGUGCAGCAUGUGCAAAGACCCACGGGGCUCAUGCGGUCACGUCAUUGGCGUCUGCGUGACUGCUUCAAAAUGAAUGUCACCUCGAAGACCGUUAGGUGGAUGGCCAUCAAUUCACUUGAAUAUUUUAUCCGGUGUGCUUUUCGAUUUCCCUCAUCUGGUGGCGUGUUUUUUUGUUUCUGUUUUGCCGCAUUUGGCCUCGCCACCGCCGCCACCCGGGUGGAAUCAGGUUCAUCGUGGAUGCACGAGAGCUGUUCCGCGAAGCUGCCUUUCAUCUGUCAGGCCUACGUCUGGGGCAGGGCGCCGACGACAAACACCUCCAGGGCCUCCACUCUGCCUGCCUCCUACCCAGCCCUCUCCUGCCCUCCGCAGUAUCGUCAGCACGAGGAUCGGUGUUUCAAGGCGAGUUCUCUCCCUCUGCGCUACUUUCCCCGCCAACAAUAG